AUGGAAGUGACGGAAGUGGAAGUGCAUCGACGUCCUCGCGACGUCGAGGACGACGACGGAGCCGUUCGAUCCGACUCGCCACCGAUAGUAAUUGGCGGGGGACAGGUGGCACAUGAAGAAACAACAAGUGUGAACCCUCUUGCUCCACAAACUGCGACAGCGCGGCAAGCAGCUGGUGAAGAUCCAGGAUUUAAAAGAGCAUGGGUUGGACAGAGUAAAAAGGGCAUGUCAAUCCUUUACCGAUUGGUGAUGAAGAAGCAGCGAGGCCAAGGAGUUCGACAUCUACGAGUAGAAAUCAAUGCGAGAUCGAAAUAG